AUGGAGAACCAACCAGAAGCGAAUGUGCCCUCUGAUAUGGGAUCAGAGGGUCAGCCCGAGGGGAGGGCUGACUUGCUCCUUCCCAAUCUUACCAAGGCAACGAACGUUCCUUCCCUGGACCAGCCGUUCCCGACCAACCUCAACUUUCCUCCGUCUGCUUUCUUUCCUGGCAACCUCAACCUACCCUCCGCCUUCCCCGUCCUGCCUGCUCAGAUGCAGCAAUAUCUCGACUACGACUCCCAGCCUCUUUGGGCUGGCAACGGCGUCCCGAACCUCGACUCGUUCCUGCCUAUGCCUCAGUUCCCUGGCCAGAUCGUGACUCCCCCAGCUGGCGGCGGCUUCGGAUUCCACCCGGCAGGCGCGACCGUCAACCCCUUCGCAAGUGACCCAUACGCGCAGUUCCCACCUGCGCCAUUCGUCGACUUCGGCUCGAACCAAUUCAAUCUUGCCAUGGACCCCAUGCAAAUGCCUGCGGAGCCUUUGGAGAAGGGCGAGGACAAGACUUCUUCGAUCCCUUUGAUCUGCAUCCUGUGCCCAAACAAGCCCACAUUCUCCGACCAGUCUCACCUCCUGACACAUGUCUCCUCCAAAUCCCACCUGGCAGCUCAGUUCAAGCUUCAGCACUCGGGAAAGAUCGAAGACAAGCGUACCCUUGAUGGAUACAAGCUCUGGAGUGACAACAAUGGCGUUGAUAAAUUGGUCGCCAACCGCAUUGCCGCCAAGGAGCUGAAGAAGUCUGCCAAGAAGCAGCGACUCGCUACUAUUGAGGCAAGUAAGAAGACGGGGAAGAACAUCAAAGAUGAGGCUGACGACAGCCUUGGUGCCCGCUUGGAGAACACUCCUCUGCGUCCCAAUCCCAACCUCUGGCACCUUCAUGCCCCACGCGACAAUUCCUUCGAGACGCUGUACGGCACUCCUUCCUACAACGACCACAGUGCCUACCCGUUGCCCGAUUCGCCCCAGAGCUCCGCUUAUAUCAAGAGAGAGACUUCACGGUCAGGCACAGAGACCGCCAAUACCAGCUUCCUUGCUGAGGCGGCUGACGUUGACGAUGGCGAUUGCGGCGACGCCUCGAAGCUCAAGGGCACGAUUUACCCUGGCAUGGGCCUGUUCGACGCUGCCACUCCACUCCAGAAGCGUAAGCGGAACCAGAAGAAGCACGCAUCCGUUGUUCGGAACAUGGAGAUAACGUCUGCUUCCAUCGGCCCAGAAGAGGAAGUCUGGGAUAUCACCAUGUCUGAAGUCACCAGAACUAGAAAUGUCUACGACAGCCCAUCGAUCGAUGGUAGCCCUGAUUCCAAGGACGAGCUUCCUUCUACUACAAAGAAGCGUCGUAGCCGUCGGCCCGCUGUCGCCAACCCUGGCCCCCGUCGACAGACCAGAGCAGUCACGCGGGCUGCUAACACUGCGAAGGUCGGCAAGCGACGAUCAGCUCGUCAAGCCAAUAAGCUCAUCAAGGUUGAAGAUGAGCUGGACUCUGAGGAUGACUCCAGUCACCGUCUUGAUGAUGAGGAAGGAGAGGACAAUGUUGCUGCAGGAGACGAUGUUUUCCAAGAACACCGUCAGAUCAGGCAGGAUGCCCCUGGACCCGCUUCCGGCAACCGUUUCGAUAUCUCUUUUCGAAAUGCCAUGAACAACCUUCCUUCGAACACGCCCUUGAUGGCAUCUUCCUCACUCUUUACCCGGCCGAGCCAAGGCUUCUUUCCAGGCUUCGGCAUGAAAGAGAACGACAGCAUGGCCUUUCCCAUGCACCAGCCAAGUGCUAUGCAUGGCUACUUCCCUCAGAAUCGUCAGAAUAUGCAGGCGAGCACCAGCGGUUUCAAUCCUCUCUACCUGCAGCGCCAGGACAAUUACCCUUUCCUCUACAGUGGCCACUCCUUUGAGGCAUCCAAGCCUUCGACUCCGGCUUUCCAAACCGUGAACAGCGCUGAUUUCGCCGGCAUGGAUUCCAACCCUUCUUUCCAACCUGGCCAGGCCCAGCAAGAUGACUUUGACGUGUGA